UAUACAUACAUAUACACACACUAUGUCUAAAGCUGUCGGUAUCGAUUUAGGUACUACGUACUCCUGUGUCGCCCACUUCUCGAAUGACAGAGUGGACAUCAUUGCCAAUGACCAAGGUAACAGAACCACUCCUUCGUACGUGGCAUUCACGGACACGGAAAGAUUGAUUGGUGACGCCGCAAAGAACCAGGCUGCCAUGAACCCACACAACACGGUUUUCGACGCCAAGAGAUUGAUUGGUAGAAAGUUCGAGGACUCGGAGGUGCAAACAGACAUGAAGCACUUCCCUUUCAAGAUCGUCGACCAAGGCGGUAAGCCUAAGAUCCAGGUCGAGUACAAGGGCGAGACGAAGAUCUUCACUCCAGAAGAAAUUUCGUCCAUGAUCUUGACCAAGAUGAGAGAGACCGCAGAAGCAUACUUGGGCUGCAAGGUGAACGACGCCGUUGUCACCGUUCCAGCAUACUUCAACGACUCGCAGAGACAGGCCACCAAGGACGCCGGUUCCAUUGCAGGCUUGAACGUCUUGAGAAUCAUCAACGAACCAACCGCCGCUGCCAUCGCAUACGGUUUGGACAAGAAGACCGAGGGCGAGAAGAACGUCCUCAUCUUCGACUUGGGUGGUGGUACCUUCGAUGUGUCCCUUCUUUCCAUCGAAGAAGGUAUCUUCGAGGUCAAGGCCACUGCUGGUGACACCCACUUGGGUGGUGAGGAUUUCGACAACAGAUUGGUCAACCACUUUGCCACCGACUUCAAGAGAAAGAACAAGAAGGACCUGACCGGUAACCCAAGAGCCAUGAGAAGAUUGAGAACCGCGUGUGAAAGAGCAAAGAGAACCUUGUCCUCUUCUGCCCAAACCACCAUCGAAAUCGACUCCUUGUUUGAAGGUAUUGACUACUACACCUCUGUCACCAGAGCCAGAUUCGAAGAAUUGUGCCAAGACUUGUUCAGAUCCACCUUAGACCCUGUUGAAAAGGUUUUGAAGGACGCCAAGUUGGACAAAUCCUCUGUCGAUGAAAUCGUCCUUGUUGGUGGUUCCACCAGAAUUCCAAAAGUCCAGAAGUUGGUUUCCGACUACUUCAACGGUAAGGAGCCAAACAAGUCCAUCAACCCAGAUGAGGCUGUUGCCUACGGUGCUGCUGUCCAGGCCGCCAUCUUGACCGGUGACCAAUCCUCCAAGACCCAAGACUUGUUGUUGUUGGAUGUUACUCCAUUGUCCCUUGGUAUUGAGACCGCUGGUGGUGUCAUGACCAAGUUAAUUCCAAGAAACUCCACCAUCCCAUGUAAGAAGUCUGAGACCUUCUCCACUUACGCCGACAACCAACCGGGUGUCUUGAUCCAAGUCUUUGAAGGUGAAAGAGCAAGAACAAAGGACAACAACUUGUUGGGUAAGUUUGAAUUAUCCGGCAUUCCUCCAGCACCAAGAGGUGUUCCACAAAUUGAAGUCACCUUCGACAUCGAUGCCAAUGGUAUCCUGAACGUUUCCGCCCUCGAGAAGGGUACUGGUAAGACUCAAAAGAUUACCAUCACCAACGACAAGGGUAGAUUAUCUCAAGAAGAUAUCGAAAGAAUGGUUUCUGAAGCCGAGAAGUUCAAGGAGGAGGAUGAAAAGGAGGCCACCAGAAUUGCAUCCAAGAACCAAUUGGAAUCCUACUCUUACUCCGUCAAGAACACCUCUUCCGAAAAGGCCUUUGAAGAAAAGGUCUCUGCCGAAGAAAAGGAACAAAUCACCAAGGCUUGUGACGAGACCAUUGCUUGGUUAGACGAAAACCAAACUGCUUCCAAGGAAGAAUUCGACGACAAGCAAAAGGAACUUGAGCAAGUUGUCAACCCAAUCAUGACCAAGUUCUACCAAGCCGGUGGUGCCCCAGGUGCUGCCCCAGGUGGUGCUGCUCCAGGUGGUUUCCCAGGUGCAGGUCCAGCUGCUGAAGAGCCAGCUGGUCCAACUGUCGAAGAAGUCGAUUAAUCGUGAUGAUACAUAUUAUUCAUUUUCUUGCCUGUAACUAAUAGAACGAAAAUAUUAUUCCCUGGCUUCAUUUUGUAUAGUAUCUUUUCAUAUUCCA